AUGGCCACGAACGAGGACACCGUUGCUUACACACUGAAAGAGGAAAACUGCGGCACGCUUCGUGGGGCGCCACCCAGCAAUGAGUUUUUGCUUGCGAACGACAUGGAAGAACCGUUUAUGGUUCACCUUUGCGCAGUUGAUGGGUACGCAAGAUGGUGUCGCAGAAGAAAUGAAGAGACCAGACGACGGUGUAACGGUAACGGUGGUGAGGGCGAGGGGAGGAAUAAUUCCUCUUUCAAUAGUGCUUUUACCCCCUAUGGGCAGCUUGUUGGGUCUAUGUCAUCUUUGCCGCUGCGUGGCGAGGCGCACUAUCCGAGUUACAGUGAAGAUGAUACACUGUGUGUCACUCUCCAGAUGUUCCACAUGGGGAUGCCCAUCACACCGAUCCUGCAGUCGUCCCACACAUAUGGUUGUCACCAAAGGUUGGAAGAGUGGAUUAUCUUUCCCAUAGCCAUACAAGAUAUCCCACUUGACGCUUUGGUUCACUGUCAUGUGUAUGCACCCCACGGCCUGGUAGGGCGCACAUCUUUUCACCCAUUCACGGCUUGCGGUGAGUUAAAGACAGGUAGGCGGCGCUACGAACUUCAGGCGGGUACUGCUGCUGGUACCGAACGUGCUGACCACGACGAUUCCGAUAGUGUCAAUGGUAAUAAGCGCGCGCCAAGUCGCAUGGGGAUGAACCCACAAGAGCUGAUGCUACGCGAUCUUCGGCGCGGCCUCGUCCCUCAAAUACCGUGGAUGGACAAGAUGAUUAAGCGGCAGGUGGGAGAGCUGCAGACAAAAAACGACGAGACCACAGGGUCACAGUCAAUAGCGCUUUCAGUGUUGUUUCCAUCAACAAAUGGUGAUCAACGGGUGUUUCUUCUCUCAGCACCGCGGGAUAAACUUCCGGCUAGCAUUGUUUCACUUAUCCCUCCCCCGGAUAGAGUGGUAACAAGUCGGACUUCCCCGUUCGCCGCACUUGCAGCUACACCUAAACAACCUUACGUUGAUUUGUGUGUCGACGACGAGAAUCUUUGUGAGGCUAAGGUGGCCGCUCUGUCCAAUCCGAGGCUUUUUCUUUCCAGUGCGAACACACAGCCUGGGCCUGUUGAGCGGGCUCAACUGAAAGAAAUUGCUCAAAAACCACUGAUUCACCUUGAGGAACUGAAGUUAGGCGAAAGGACUCUUCUUUGUCGGUUCCGACAUUUCCUCACACGAGAUCCAGCUUAUUUUGUGCCUUUUAUGCGGUCGGUGAAUUGGGAUGAUAAAAUUGAGAAGCGAGAGGCCUUGAAGGUUAUGCAGCAGUGGAAACCUAUCGGUUUCACUCAGGCGUUGAUUUGUUUGUCCUUUUACUUUCGCAAGGUGGUGGACGUCCGUAUUUACGCAAUUAAUGUGCUAGACAAAAGUUCGGAUGACCGUCUGUUUCGAUUCUUGAUCCAACUUGUGCAAGGUGUGAGGUACGAUGUUAAUGGCGAACUGGAAACGUUUUUGCUUCGGCGGGCCGCGAAUUGUUGGGAAAUUUGCUCCAAUCUAUUCUGGUAUGUGCUGACAGAGGCCUCAUUGGGUAGCGGAAACUCCCAAGGAGAUGGGCAGCGCUAUGGAGAUGGGCAGGAGGAACGGUACACUACCUUCCUUCAGAAUAUCAAGGCUACGCUGCAGCGGACAAAACCGUGCUUCCUUCAGCGGAUUCAUCAACAGGUGAAGCUUAUGGGUACGCUGCGCACGUUAAACAAGUCACUAUUGAAGGCCAGUGACCGGGUCAAACGAAUGGAACUUGCCACGUCACUCAUUGACAGCAAAGAAUGCGGUAUUCGGGAGCUAUUCUUCCCAUCUCCCAUCUCCUCCCUCUCCGAGGACCCGAGAGAGACGGCAGCAGUGCAGGGACGCAUUGUCACCCUGCCAACGCACCCCAGUGCAGUAGUGGAGGAUAUCAUCUCAGAGGGGUUUUAUAUGUUCAAGAGCGCCAUGAUGCCCAUCAAGGUCCCUUUUGUCCUCCACCCAGAACCCCUAGGCAGCAACACUUGUCACCGCAGUCCAGUAGUGGAAGAUGGAACAAACACGGGACCAAGCACUGUCCCAGUAACAGUUUCUAGGCCCGAAGGUGGGUUGCUGUUCAAAGUGGGUGAUGAUGUGCGACAGGAUCAACUCGUCGUUCAACUCGUGCAGCUCAUUGACAUGAUACUGCGACAGGAUGGGCUUGACCUCUGCCUUUGCCCGUACCGCGUUAUUGCCACAGGCCCAACAGAAGGUUUGGUAGAGUUAAUCCCUAACGUUGUUACUCUCCAAAGCGUGCAGCGUGAUAUCACAGGGUUCAUUCGUUCGCGCAAUCAGAGUCAGGAGGGAUACACAGCGGCUAUGUCACGUUUCACCAAAAGCUGCGCUGGUUAUUGUGUUCUAACGUUUAUAUUAGGUAUCGGCGAUCGGCACCUUGAGAACAUCCUGCUAACACACGAUGGUCGCCUACUGCACAUCGACUUCGGCUACAUCCUUGGAAACGACCCCAAGCCGUUCCCGCCUCCAAUGAAAAUCAAUAAGGAAAUGGUGGAGGCACUCGGUGGCCCGCAGAGUACCGGCUAUAUGGAGUUCAAGUCGUACUGCUGUAGUUCGUAUAACAUAAUUCGAGAGCAUGCACAGGUUAUUUUGAGCAUGCUCUUGCUCAUGGUAGAUGCCUCUAUUCCGCAUAUAUCAGGCGAUGGUAAGGUGGAUCCGCGUGUCAACCUGUUGAAGGUGCAGGAGAAACUAAGGUUGGAUCUCUCCAAUGCAGAAGCAUCGCAGUACAUCCAAAAUGUCAUAGCUGAUAGUGUGGGGUCUAUUUUCACUAACCUCUGGGAUGUUUUACAUGCCGCCGCUCAGGCGCGGCGGGCCUAA